AUGAAUCCAUCAAUGGAACCACAAGCAUUUGGUGCUGGUCGAGCUGGAUCUACAUUUGAUCUAAUUGAUUUUAUAAAAAGACCCCAGGUUAUUUUACGACUUGUUUCUUGGGUUUUUGCUAUUAUUGUCUUUGCAUGCAUUGCACAGGAAGGUUAUGCGAAUAAUAUAUGUCGUUAUAAUGGUUCAAAUGCUUGUGGAUAUGGUGUUGCAAUUGGUGUUAUAGCAUUUCUUUUUGCCAUGCUUUUUAUGGGACUUGAUGUCUAUUUUCCAAAUAUAUCAAAUAUUACACAACGUAAAGGAAUCGUUUUGGCAGAAGUAAUUACAUCUGGUAUUUUGGUUUUCUUAUGGUUUGUUGGAUUUUGCUAUAUGGCUGAUCAAUGGCGACAAACAGACGAGAAAGAUAUACCCGGAUGGAAUGGUCGUAAUAAUGUUCAAGCAGCUAUUGCCUUUGCUUUUUUUUCAAUUUUUUCUUGGGGUGGAUUGGUAUUUUUUACAUUUCGUCGUUAUCGUGCAGGUGUUUCAAAUUUAUUUAGUUCAAGUUAUGAAGAUCAUUCAGCAGGUACCGGACAAACAUAUGGUGGAUACCCACCAGCUGGUGGUACAGGUAGUUUUUCUCAACCACCAUUUACGGCAACACAACAAGCACAAUCAAAUUAUCAACCGCCAACAUAUUAA